AUGGGAUUCAACAUCUAUAACAGCUACUUCAGUCCAAGUUGGAUAUACCUUGCCUCAAUGGAGCUUCUCUUUGCUCAAAAUAGAUUCAUCCCAAAUUUCAAAUGUGGCAUUCAAAACAAUCCAGCUGCAGUCAUUGGGGGACCUGAUAUCUGUCUCCACAUGGCAACCAUACUGGACAUCUACAAAAUUCCCCAGCUGACCUAUGGUUCUGCUCCAAUCAUGGAUAAAGAGAUUCAAGCAGUUUUCUUCCAACAAAUGUUUCCAAAUGAAUCCCAUCAACAUAAGGGGCUCCUCCAGUUGUUGCUAUAUUUUAGGUGGAUCUGGAUUGGUGUUCUUGCUGUGAAUGAUGACAAGGGAGAGAAAUUUGUACAUGAGGUGCUCCCCACAUUUUCCCAGCAGGGCAUCUGCUUUGAUUUCAUAGGAGAGUUCCCAAAUGUAGCCUUUUACAGUGAUUUUACAGAUGUGAUGGAAGAAACUUACAAAACUUACUCUAUAAUUGUGGAAAGUACAGCCAAGGUGAUUGUCUUAUAUGGUGGAAUGGAAUCCAUGAACUUUUUGAAAAUGUUAGUGCAGUAUGCAGAACUGGAGGAUAUGUCAGUGAACACAAAGAUCUGGAUCAUGAAUGCUGAAAUGGAUUUCACAUCCAUAUCUAUUCAAAGAGAUUGGGAUGUCUCAUUUAACAACAGUGUUGGAGAAAAGAUUUCAUUUGACAAAGAAGGGGAAUUCAUUGGUGGAUUUGAUAUAAAUAACUGGGUCACAUUCCCAAACCGAUCAUUUUUUAGGAUCCACGUUGGAAGGAUAGAUCCUAUGGCUUCCCCAGACAAAUUCUUCAAUGUUUCUGAAGAUUCCAUCAUGUGGUCAAAAAGCUUAAAUGAGGCACAUCCCCUUUCUUUGUGCAAUGAUCCUUGCAAAACAGGGCAUAGCAAGACCAAGAAGGAAUCAAGGCCAUUUUGCUGCUAUGAUUGCUAUCCAUGUCCAGAAGGGAAAAUUUCAAACAAAGAAGAUAUGGAAGACUGUUCUCAUUGUCCAGGAGGUCAUUAUUCAAACCGUGACAAAGAUGCAUGCAUUCCAAAACACAUAACUUAUUUAUCCUAUGAAGAACCCUUGGGGAUCAGUUUAGCUAUUUGUGCUCUUUCUUUUUCUUCUAUCACAGCUCUCAUGCUUGGGAUUUUCACUAAACACAAAAACACUCCCAUCGUCAAAGCUAACAACCGGAAUCUCACCUACACUCUUCUAGUUUCUCUCAUCCUUUCUUUUCUUUGUGUUUUAUUAUUUAUUGGAAAACCUAAUAAGAUUGUCUGUCUCCUUCGACAACCAGCUUUUGGAAUCAUCUUCUCCAUGGCAGUUUCCUGUGUGUUGGCCAAAACUUUUGUUGUGGUCCUAGCUUUUAUGGCCAUUAAGCCAGGAUCUAGAAUGAGAAAAUGGGUGGGAAAAGCAAUGGACAGCUACAUUGUUCUUUUUUGUUGCCUUGUUCAAACCAGUAUUUGCAUCACAUGGCUGGCACUUUUUCCACCAUAUCCAGAUUUUGAUGUGCACUCAAUGUCUGAAGAGAUCAUCAUGGAGUGUAAUGAUGGAUCAGUCACUAUGUUCUACAGUGUUUUGGGUUUUAUGGGUUUCCUGGCAGUGGUCAGCUUCUCUGUUGCUUUUCUAGCUAGGAAGUUACCUGAUACUUUCAAUGAAGCUAAAUUCAUAACUUUCAGUAUGUUGGUCUUCUGCACUGUUUGGUUGUGCUUUAUUCCUACCUAUAUAAGCACAAGGGGAAAAUACAUGUUGGCUGUGGAGAUCUUCUCCAUGAUCUCCUCCAGUGCUGGCUUAUUGAUGUGUAUCUUUUUCCCCAAGUGUUUUAUCAUUGUAAUGAGACCUGAACUGAACAAUAAGCAUCAGUUAAUGAAAAAAAUGUUUUAA